CUGCCGUUCGAUCAGCUCCAUUCCGCGACGCUGUUCGAUAAGCGAAGGCCGCGUUCGAUUAAUCCGCUCCGGGUUUUACGCGCUUCCCGCUCUUUUUUCUCUUCCCCCCUUCUCGCGAACUCCGGCCCCUCGCGCUCUCUCUAUCAGCCUCUCACUCCGUCUCAAUAUGUCUCAAGAUGGCGGCCAAUGCGGGAUCGAUGUUUCAAUAUUGGAAGCGCUUUGAUUUACAGCAACUGCAGAGAGAACUAGACACCACUGCCACGCUACUGGCCAACAGACAAGAUGAGAGUGAACAGUCCAGGAAAAAGCUCAUCGACCAGAGCCGCGAAUUUAAGAAAAACACACCAGAGGACCUGCGCAAGCAGGUAGCUCCGCUGCUGAAGAGUUUUCAGGCCGAGAUUGACGCAUUGAGUAAAAGAAGUAAAGAAGCAGAGGCUGCCUUCUUGAACGUCUAUAAGAAACUGAUCGAUGUCCCAGAUCCCGUCCCCGUGUUGGAGCUCGGCCAGCAGCUGCAGCUGAAGGUACAGCGGAUGCACGACAUCGAGACGGAGAACCAGAAACUGCGCGAGACGCUGGAGGACUACAACAAAGAGUUUGCCGAGGUCAAGAACCAGGAGGUUACUAUCAAAGCACUUAAAGAAAAGAUCCGGGAAUACGAACAGACCCUGAAGAACCAGGCGGAGAACCUGGCACAGGAGAAAGAGCAGCAGCUUCACAACGACUAUGCAGAGAAAGAGAGGAAGUUGCAAGAGUCGCAGGAAUCAAUGGCCUCCAGGUUGGAAGAGGCAGAACACAAAGCUCAGACUCUACAGACAGCACUCGAAACCACUCAGGCAGAGCUGUUUGACCUGAAGACCAAGUACGAUGAGGAGUCGAUGGCAAAGGCCGACGAGAUCGAGAUGGUCAUGACUGAUCUGGAGCGAGCCAAUCAGAGAGCAGAGACAGCCGAGCGAGAAGCCGAGUCACUAAGGGAGCAGCUCACAUCGGCGAACAAGUCCCUGCAGCUGGCCACCCAGAUCCAGAAAGCUCCAGAUAUGGAGCAGGCAGUAGAGGUGGUGUCGCGCUCCAGUCUGGAGGCGGAGCUGAGCGCUAAGGAGCGGGAGAUGGUGCAGCUGGUGGAGGAUGUGCAGAGACUGCAGGCCAGUCUGGCCAAACUGCGCGAGAACUCCUCCACCCAAAUCAGCCAGCUUGAGCAGCAGCUCAGUGCCAAGAGUGCCACACUCAAGCAACUGGAGGAGAAGUUGCAGGAGCAGGCCGACUACGAGGAGGUGAAGAAAGAGCUGAGUCUCCUGAAGUCUAUGGAGUUUGGGCCAUCUGACAGUGCCACAGUGCAGGACUCGUCUAAGCCUCUGGAAGUGUUACUGCUGGAGAAGAACCGCAGUCUUCAGUCUGAGAGCGCUUCACUCCGCAUCGCUAACACUGAGCUGAGCGGGUCAGCCAGCCAGAAAGUGAAAGAAGAGACCGCGCCACACGUUCCCACCUCUGCCAACUUGGCCCCACCCCCUCCCGCCCCUUCUCCACUCCUGGGUCGCUCAGGAGCAGGCCCAAACUCUGCUGGCCCACCCGCAGAGUCCUCCACAGCUAGCAGCGCUAAUGGCGGACAUACUUACUCACCGGCACUGGACCUCUAUGGUACCGCUUUCCCCCUGGCGGGCAAGGUGGCACUGGGCUCACUGCUGCAGCGCCAGCUCAUGCACACCUUCUACUCCAAAGCGUUGCAGGACUUCGGCCACACCCACUACACGCCCCUGGCACUGGCGCCCGCUCCGCCACGUCAGCCCUGCGCCAGCCCUGAUACAAACGGCACAGCGCCGUCACCCAGCCGCUCCGAGGGUGCAGGCAGCGCUUCCGAAGGCGAGGACAUGGACACGGCGGAGAUUGCACGCCAGGUCAAAGAGCAGCUGAUCAAGCACAACAUCGGGCAGCGAGUCUUCGGGCACUACGUGCUCGGCCUGUCGCAGGGGUCUGUCAGCGAAAUCCUGGCACGCCCCAAACCCUGGAGCAAGCUCACCAUCCGUGGCAAGGAGCCCUUCCAUAAGAUGAAACAGUUCCUGUCUGACGAGCAGAACAUCUUGGCACUACGCAGCAUCCAGGGCAGGCAAAGAGAGAGCCCAGGCCAGGCCCUUAGCCGCAUGUUUCAGGAAGGCCCGAAGCGGAGAGCCGGCUCGGAAGGCGCCCCGCGGACAGGCAACAUCACCACCCGUAUCCGCACAACCGAAAGCGGCUCUGACGAAGCCAUCAAGUCCAUCCUGGAGCAAGCCAAGCGUGAACUGCAGGUCCAGAAAGCAGCUGACGCGUCCCUACCUCCAUCCUCAUCAAGUGGAGGUGGAGGAGGUUCAGAUGAGGCCAUUCGCUCCAUCCUAGAGCAGGCACGGCGUGAGAUGGAAGCCCAGCAGGCCUCCUUGUCCUCCUCCUCUUCAUCGUCAUCCUCGUCGUCCAUCUCCUCCUCUCUCUCUCAGUGCGAUCUCUCGGCAUUGUCGCCUAAAGUGUUGGCGCCAUCGCCACUGGGCGCCCCCCUGACCUCAUACAGCCCUCUGGUGCUGGGCUUGAAGAAGCCUCCUCCACUGCUUCCCUCUUCAUCCUCCUCGCCCUCCUCGCCCUCUCCGUCCCCUUUACUUGACUUCAGCAGCAUUAAGAAGGAGCGGCCAGCAUCUCCAGGCCAGGAUGGAGCCUCCAGGGUUCAGUGGAGGGAGCAGUGGUGGAACAACUUGCAGCAAGAGCGCCGAGGAACUGGCCUUCCUGACGAGAACCACAGCAUGGAGGACUCCAAAGAGACGCCCCCCCGGCUGCUUGAUGCCCCUCAGUACUGGAGCGAGUGGCACCACGCCGGCUCCACCUAUCCAGAGCUCAGCGGCACCCGCGUGCCAAGGCCAGCCAGAGCGCCCGUGCCCCCGUUGGCACCCGAGCAGUGCCAGCUGUUCUCAUGCCGCGAGCUGGACACGGUGGAGCUCACCCAGCUGGUCAAAGAGAAGCUAGCCAAGAGUGGCGUAUGCCAGCGCUUGUUUGGAGAGAAGGUACUAGGACUGUCUCAGGGGAGUGUCAGUGACAUGCUGUCUCGUCCCAAACCAUGGAGCAAGCUGACUCAGAAAGGUCGUGAGCCCUUCAUCCGGAUGCAGCUGUGGCUCAACGGCGAGUUGGGACAGAACUCUGUGAAUCAGCCUGGACAGACGCAAGAGGGCACCCCGAAAACAUCAGGCAGCUGCAGUCCAGCCCCUGAAUCGCCGCUCAGCUCGGCUGAGGAGUCUGUGAAGAGCGGCGGCGAACCACUCGGCAGUACGCAGGCACCCGUUCCCGAGCCGUCCCCAUCUGGAGAGCCAGGAGAGGGCACGCAGCCUGGUACCCCACUGCCUCUGACCAACCUCACACCCUCUGGCCUCAGCAUACAGGAAAUGGUGGCCAUGUCACCAGAGCUCGACACCUACGCCAUCACCAAGAAGGUCAAGGAGGUGCUCACUGACAAUAACCUCGAUGCAGGUCAGCGUUUGUUCGGUGAGACCAUCCUGGGAUUGACUCAAGGCUCGGUCUCGGACCUGCUGGCCCGGCCCAAACCCUGGCACAAGCUGAGCCUGAAGGGCCGUGAGCCAUUCGUACGCAUGCAGCUGUGGCUCAGCGACCCGCGCAACGUGGACAAGCUCAUGGACAUGAAGCGCAUGGAGAAGAAAGCAUACAUGAAGCGACGCCACAGCUCGGUCAGCGAUGCUCAGCCAGUAGACAGUGGCCUGACAGGGUCAGAGUUUGGCCCAGGCACCAGCCCUCAGCACCACCCUCAGCAGCAGCUGAAGAAACCGCGGGUGGUCCUAGCUCCCGAGGAAAAGGAGGCGUUGAAGAGGGCCUACCAGCAGAAGCCCUAUCCAUCUCCGAAGACCAUCGAGGAACUGGCAACCCAGCUCAACCUCAAAACCAGCACGGUUAUCAACUGGUUCCACAACUACAGGUCUCGUAUCCGUCGGGAGCUCUUUAUCGAGGAGAUCCAGGCGGCAGGCUCAGGCUCAGCUUCAGCAGGUGAAGGCGGCUCGCCCUCAGUCCAGGCAGGAAAAGCAGGCGACGGUUGCGAUGGCACAGAUUCAGACGGCACGGCUGAGGGGCGACACGACAACCCCAGCGACGAAAAGCCCACCUCCGGCCCCGAGGACAUGCCCAAGGAGCCCACUCCGUCUAACUCGCCAACCCCUGAAGACCCCACUACCUCAGCCGCCGAAGGACCUGGCACCAGCGGGCACCAGGGUGGCACCACAGGCCUUGUCCUGUUCGGCUUCUCGCACAACCCCAAGGACAACAGCCUGCGCAAAAAGAAAGCCGCCAACCUCAAUAACAUCAUCCACCGGCUGGAGAAAGCAGCCAGCAAAGAGGAGCCGUCUGAAUGGGAGUUUUGAGGCCUCGCUAGUGUCCUUCCUCACGCUCUCUCAUAAUACACACACAAACACACACACACACACGCCCUCCCCGCUACCCCCGAUCUGACCUAGGAGGAGAUGCUGACCUCCUGAGGGCAUAGCCAAAGUCAAGUGCGGCCAUGAGACUUUCAAUUUCGAAGAGGAGGAGAAAGAAGUGAAUAAGUGCAGUAGUGGAUAUAAGAAGAGGAAGCGGAUCGUUCCGGAUUCUCGUACUGAGAUGAAGCACUUAGCCGUCCCCGUCGGCCACGGCGCCCGAAUAAACCACCCCGAACUCAGCAUUAAGCUGCCUCUCUCAUCUAGGGCUCUUUCCUUCAAAGGCACACUUCAAGGGGAGGAUCAGCACACUCGCCUCAAAGUGCGCACAGACUCCGAGCUCUGAUUCUUCACACUGUUGAUUUGAGUUACUGUUACACUUAUUUUCUUUUUGUCUCUUUUUGUUUUUGUUUUGUUUUUUGUAAUCAAUGUGAGCGCAUAAUAUUUUAACCUACUCCAUUACGUCUGGCUGAAAAACAAGAGGAUUGAGAACAAAAAAAAAAGAAAAGACGGUUACUGAAGGGAGGGAAUUGGAAGUUCGUCACAUUUCCCAUCUUUCCCUCCUUCAAAUCCGCCAUCUAAUGGCUGAAGACCUCCUGUAUUUCUUCACCUCCUUUUUUUUCUAUCAGGAAGUCCUCUGAUGAAGAACAAGGUUUAGCGUUAGCAAUUCGGUUGCCACUAAGAGAUUGCACAGUCUAUUGACUCUAAAGGACAAAAAAAAAAAGAUACAAAAUACAUACAUACUUUUCAGAAGGGAGAAUUGACCUGAGAGGAAAAAAAAGUGUUUUAAAACUUUGAAAAGAAGAAAAAAAAUCACUAAUUCACAAUUUUUGUACAUGCAAAAAAUGCAAGGUUUAGAGAAGAAAAAAAAACAAAGGACAAAUAUAAGGACAAUUUAUCGUGGUAGCUGACGUAGUGAUAUUUCGUCAUGUAGUGAUUUUCGUCAUGUAGAGCUCAUCGAGCACAUCACAGCUUUAACAGCACAGUUCACGCUCGUUGCAUUAUAUCGUUUUCAACCAUGUUCAGGAAACGAAAAGAUAAAAUAGGAAAAAAAAUGAAGCGGAAAUUAUAACGAAUCAUGACUAGACAGUUAAGACUAAAGCCUGCUGAAAGAAGAAAAAAUAAAAACGUCGGAAUCUGUUGCAGGAACGGAUCGAGGAUUAGAGGAUUGUGGGGUUGGAGUACUCUACUCAUUAGACACAAGUGGUACUGUUAAGUCUUCAGGCAGGGUUUUAGUUUUUCCUCUGACGUCGCCAAGAGAUGCACAGUUCACUUUAACGAAAAUGGAAAAAAAAAUAACAACAACAAAAGACCAUACACCACACACUCCACGAUUCGGCCGUGAUACAGGUGCGUGUGCUGUACGUCUGAGGGAUUUCCCGAGGGACUCGAUUCCAAAUUUCAUUCCCUCCUUCCUCCUUCGAAAGUCUUUAAAGGGUACCAGAAAAGAGUUCCCAAAAGUACUGUUACAUUUGAUAGCGUUUGAAUCGAGCACACGCAAGCACCAAGUACGUGAUACCAAAGUAUUGCUUCAUGUUUCUUAACAAGAUGCAUUUCUUCCUUGCAUUUCUGGGGAAAAAAAACUGCCUCAUUGGUAUCUGUGCAGUAUAUUGGCACUUUUUUUUUCCCUCUUCUGUGUUUAAACUCGAGGUAACCCGUAAAGAGAGGAGAUGCUGUGUGUGAAGACACGGCCGUCCUCUCAACCCCCCAAACAAGCUCUCAGUGCCUGCAAUCCACUGCCUCCCUUCUAUACAUCUGUGUAGACAUGAUGCACACGUCAUUUUGUGUAUGAGAUCAGUUGUACAUAUUACAUGCACGCACGCAUGCACACACACUCACGUAGAGUGCACAACUGCCCCACUUCCUCUCUUCUCAUAAGCUGUUUGUUAUUACCGAUUAUCAUCAUCAUUAUAAGGCUUCUAAUGAAGUAGUGGAUUUUAUUCCCUUUUAUUUUUAUUUUUUUGGAUUGUUUAUGUUUUAAUCUUUAUCGCCAUAUCCGAAAGCAUCAUGUAGAGUUACACGAGUUUAUUUGGUUUAUUUAUAGGUUCUUUGUUUUGUUUUUAUCAUUUUUUUUUAUUGUGUACUGGUUUAUAAGAGGGCAAGUAACUUUUUUUUUUUUAAAAAUAUAAUUUUAGACUGAUUUUAGACUGCCGGCAGUAUUGGGUAAUAUUUACAAGAUUUAGUUCUCAUGCGUUGUAUAUGAAUGAAUUCUGCAGAUUAUUUGAACUCGUUUCUAUGACUUUGAAUUCUAAUGAUGUCACUCACUUCAGAAUGAUCACGAUGGCAUUUAAUGGCUGACUAAUAGCUGUUCACUUUUUAUCGUUUUAUCCGAGUUAGAGAUUUUUGUCACUCUUUAUUCUCAUGUAGUACGAAGCAUCGCGUCUCUUUAUGUAUCCUCCGAUAUACUGAUCUCGUUUGACGUAUUUGGGAAUCUGUUUCUUUUCCCUUUUGCCAUUUAUACUUUUUGUUUUGUUUUGUUUCAUGUGUUAGUGAGCGUGUUUCGUACCUCUCAGGCCUUAUGUACACUGGCGUUUCUGUCUCUGCGCUUCAGAGAACGUGGACUUCCCUAAAUGUUGUGUUCGGGACACUGCAAAUGAUCACCACGUGUGUGUGAGUGAGUGUGUUUGGUGUGUGUUUCAAUUUUUCGCUGGUUUUUGGUUUGAUAGUAUGCGUGUUGAUGGUGUGCCAACUUUUUCCCUGCCCACACAUUUCUUUCUGUGAAAAGAAAAAAGUCUGCACUAUUUCAGCAUUAAGCUUUGUCUACGUUGAAGUCGAGGCAUAAAGAGGGCUUGGUGUUUGUGCCUUUUUUCCUUUCUUUCUUUCUUUCUUUCUUUCUUUUGGAAGAGGACUCGCAUCUGGGGGAAAACCCCAACAGGUAACUGUUAGGGCUGCUGAUGACAUUUUGUCGCAUUUGAAUACAUUUGAAAAUGAAUAAGCCUUCAGUUUUAUCCUACCAAGGAAACACACACUAUAAAGUCAUGUUGUUAAAAGUGAGAAGGAAAGAUUUGUCAGUAUCGGCAGUAAUGUUAAUAUUCAGAGUCGAAUCAGUCACCUUUAACUCGUCUCCAGUUGGAAGAUUUAUUAAAGCAAUAAACUACUCGAUGGCGUGUUAGUGAUGAUACGUGUCAGGAUGUGAAGGAUGCCCUCUAGUGGUUUAUUGCUUUUCUAUAAAAUGGUGACAAAAAUGAGACCAUAAAAUCUAGUGUUCGGUAUUCACAAUAAAGUAAAACGCGCAAUAAAAAUAUGUAUGUAUAUGUACAGUACUGUGCAAGUCUUGGCACAGACACCCUUUUUUGUACAAGCUUUUCUCUCUCUCUCUCAUAUAUAUAUAUAUAUAUAUAUAUAUAUAUAUAUAUAUGGGGGGGUUAAUAUGACUUCUACAUUAUUGAGUCAGAACAAAAAUAUUUUCAAUUUCCAACCAUUCGUUUUCCAGCAUGGCAGGAGAGAAAGCAGUACAUUACAUCAGAAACCACUUUUCAUACAAAAACCCAUAAUGAAGGCAACUGGGUUUUGCUGCAAAUAAUUAAGAAGCAAGUGCAACAGUCAAAGUGUCCAGAAGAACUGAAGCUGGUUCUGGAAGAUUCUCAGUAAAACUUAGCAGAUCAUUUUCUUAUAAAACUGCACAAAUUGUCUCCGAG